AUGCCUCCGGUGUCGUCUGGGUCCUCACGCUUGGCUAGGCUGCAGGUGUGGUGUGGCUCGUCCCACUGUGCUGCUACCUGUCCUGUCCCGAGGAGCGAGAUCGAGGAGGUGGCAGAUACAUCUGUCAUGGUGAAGCACCAGGCACAGCGCAGAGUGGAGCCGGGCAAGGCGGAGGACAGCCGAAAGCUGAAGAGCAGCAGUGGCAUCAAAGAUAUGGUGCCGUCCUCUCCUGGCAAUGUUGGCAGGGGUGUCACAUCUGCAAGGAGCAGCAGCAGAGGUGCCAGUCGUGGUGGUGGUGGUGGUGGUAACGACGGUGUCACUUUGGCGAGGAGCAGCGUGUUUGAAAAGUGGGCCACCAUGGACAGGGACGCCGCCCAGAGGCCGUUGGCAAAGAGGCAGCUGUCGGACGAGAGCAAGGAGUCCGUCCAUCCGUCCGGGGGGGUGAAGAAGAAGAGCGUGGCGGCGGACAGACAACAACAUGCAGCCUUGGGGGGAUGGAGGGCACCUUGUGCCAGCUGUUUGGUUACUAGGCCCACACAGAGUAAGGAGAGGAGACAGGUAGCCUCUGAUAAGUCAUGUCCUACUGCUAUGCUUACACGGAGGAAAUUACAGAGAGAACUGCUCUCAAGUGAAGACGUCUUUGAGAAGGUUGAUGCCCACGCCGUCAGAGUUGGAAAAGAGAUGAGGAGCAACAAGAUCUACUCUCUGGAGACCAUCACAAAAACCAUCACCGAGGGUGCACAGAGUGAUUUGCUGAAACUCCGGGCCAUCUGGAUAUGGCUCUGCCACAACAUUGAAUAUGAUGUGAGCGGCUACCUGGGUCUGACUAAGAAGGUGACUUCACCUGAGGAGGUGGUGGAGACGGGCCGUGGGGUGUGCUGCGGCUACUCCAGCGUGCUUCAGCAGAUGUGCAGGGUGGUGGGCAUUGAGUGUGAGGAGGUCUCUGGCCAUGGUAAAGGUGUUGGCUAUCGGCAAGGCCAAACGUUCCAGGAUACCAAGUCCAGCCACAUGUGGAAUGCGGUUAAGCUGCAUGGCCAUUGGUAUCUACUGGACUCCUGUUGGGGCGCAGGCAGGGUGGACCUGGACAACAAAUCUUUCAUCAAGAGAUAUGAUGACUUCUACUUCCUGACUGAUCCUGAGAACUUCAUCAACUCUCACUGUCCGGAUGAGACUGAAUGGCAGCUACUGGAGGAGCCCAUCCCAAUGGAGGAGUUUGAGAAGAGAGUCUUCAGGACCUCGGAAUUCUACCGACUGGGCCUUACCCUCAUUCACCCCAAACAUUUCCUUCUAGUAACAGAGAAUGGUGAAGCCACAAUUGCCAUUGGGUUCUCCCAGCCAAUGGAGUUCACCUACCAGGCCUCCUUGCACAGCUCCAAUGGCCACCAUGUGGAGCUCAGCUCUCCCAUCGGGCUGCUCACUGUGACCAAGGGCAGCAUGAAGCUCAAACUCAUGCCUCCCGUGAGCGGCACGUUCGACGUGGUCGUGUUCGCCCGACCCGCCAACACCACCGGCACGUUUGGAUGGGUCUGCUCCUUCACGCUGGAGUGCCCGGAGCCCGCGCCCGUCGAAGAGCUCCCAGAGAACCCCUUCCUGUCCUGGGGUCUACAGCAGAACUCCUGGGGCUUAGGCCUGAAGCCAUGCGUGUACGGGUCUGACGCCAUCGUACUGGAGUCUGGGUGCUUCGAGUUGGUUCUGGGCACGACCAGGCCUCUGAUGGUGCUGUGUGAGCUAACACACAAAGACCUCGAGACGACGCUGGCCAAGCAGUGCCUCAUGACGCAGAUCGAGCCCAACCAGCUCACCUGCCACGUCCUCUGCCCCUACGUCGGCUACUACCGCCUCUCCGUGUUCGUCCGGGACUAUGGUAGUCACGGCGACGGCUUCCAGAACGCGGGCAACUUCCUGCUCCGCUGCACGGGUGGCAUGGUCAACCUCAACGAGCUCUUCCCGGCCAACCUCAGCCCGUCCUGCGGCCCCGGCGUGAGGACGCUGGAUGCCGGAUUGUCCAAGUUCAGCCACGCGACAUCACUGCUGGCCACCCAGCAGGGGAAAUGCAACAUCACCUUCCACAACUCGCGGGACCUGGAGCUGCACGCCGUGCUAUCCAAAGACCGCCGCAAAUGCCCCGGGCACCCGCUCACCCGGCACGUCUUCCUCACCUACAGCGGCAGCAAGGUCACCGUCAGCGUCGCGCUUCCCGAGUCCGGCAUCUACAAGCUGAGCCUUUAUGGUAAGAGCGCCAGCUCUGACAAUCAAGAGUUCGGCCUGCUCUGUGACUUUGUCCUGAGGAACAGCUCUGAGACGUCCUGGCCGCCAUUCCCCUGCAGUUACACGGCCUGGCAGAAGGGCUAUGUGUUGUUUGAGCCGCGGACUGGCCUGCUGGAGCCUGACUCGUGGGUGCGCUUCCGGGUCAGGGUGCCGGGGGCCGGGCGGGUCAGCGUGCAAGGUGAGCAGCGCACGGAGCUGCAGCUCAACAAGAGCCGUGUGUGGGAGGGCGAGGUUUACACGGGCAACAGCGCCUCCCAGCUCAAGCUGGCAGCCAUGGGUACUGCAGGCAGUGGGGACAGCUGCCAAAACAUGAACAUUAUCAUGUCCUUUGAUGUCUUGAGUGUGCAGAAUGAACUGUGA